AUGUCCUCGGAAUGGUGCAGACUGCACUUGUCACGGAGUGAUGUGCCGCCGCUGCUUGUCCAGUAUACUUGGACCCGCCAGGCCUACGAGCUCUAUCUGACCGACUUAACUUCCAUCUGGUCUGAACGACUGUCCCACAAGGAUAUAUUGAAGCGAGCGGAUGAAACCGCCACGACCAUAGACCCCAGCGAAGGCGCAGCGCAGCUGGAUAUGUUUCUGACGAAAAUCGGAGACGCUCUUUGUGGCAAAGGAGGUAGCGUAUCUCUCAAUAGUGGAUCUGCGACCAAUUCCAUCGAGCUCCUCACGAGCACAAACCUGCCAUCUCCGCUUCAGCCAUUGCAAUGGACUUUGCAAUUGAAAAAGCAGCCACCGUCAUCUAUGACUGAUCACCUUCUUCUCCCGCUGCUUAGAGAUGAGGCUAUCUGGGAGUCUCGACAGCAGUCACUAGUCGACAAACUCAAACAGAAGGAUUGGGUGCUUGGAAAGCUGUUUGAUAAAUUCGACGCUCUCGGCGCUGAUCUUGGAACCGUCUUCCCAAGUGCUCCCGGGCUACGUAGUGGCCGCAAGGGCAAUUCACGAUCAGAGGCCGCUAAGCAUAUCAAAGGUGUUGCGGAAUUUGAUCAACAGGCCUGGCUUACAGAUAUCGAAACGUCUUCCUCCAACACAGCGUCCAACUUUGUCCGCGAGAUAUCUAGAACUGAUUCCAAACUACAUAUUGAUACAUUAAAACCAGCACCAGACCAGUGGUGGAGUGGCCUUCCCAAGGACUCCAAGCCAAUUUCCUUCAACGAAGACGCGCCGCUGUCCACAGGCAACAAAGCACCAGACGAGGAACAUCCAAAGACCAAGUUAUCACAGGGUGAUAUAGACCUUGACGGUGACACUACCGCCGGAAGCGAUGAUGAUGAAUUUGAGCGACCAGAAAGCCCUCCGCGGCUCCGAAAACCACACACGAAGCCAACAACACCCCCGUUAAAGCAAGAAUCAACCCCCAAGCAAACGCCAACCCAGAAAAGCUCAUCUCCGCCGGCGCCAACAGACGCCGGCGAGGCCACAGCAACAGAGUCCGAGUCAGAGCCGGACCCCAUUAUCAAACGUCCACUGACAGCACCAUCACCUCCUCUUCCACCACCUCCUCAGCCCAAUUCCCCGCCCAAAAAGCCGAAAUCAGGUCUUGGCAUCAUCGGUGGCAAGAAAAAACAGCCCGCAAAAGCACCCACACCCCCUUCAGCAUCACCCUCUUCGCCAUCGCAACCCGUCGCGCCCCCCAAACGACCCGCGAAACUGGGCAUGAUAGGCGGCAAAGCUAAGCCUAAUCCACCGCCUCACACAGAAGAACCAUCCCCUCCGGCGCCGGCGCCGGGCCCAGGCCCGGAAGCUACGCGGUCUGUCUCGCCAAAGACCGAGGCGGGCACGACGCCGGUAGAGGAGACCGAAGCGCAGAGGGCGGAUCGGAGGCGGGAGGAGUUGAAGCGGCAGCUGGAGGCGAAGAGUAAGGCGCCUGUGAAGAAGAAGCGGAGGUUUUGA